GACGUCACAACGAUCGUCGAGAUUCUCGUGAGCGCGGUAACACCGCGCGCCGCAGCUCGCGCACCAGCCCUCCUUCAACUGAACGAAAUAAUGCGUUUUUAUACAUGAAUUCGGCUAAAUGUAUAUUGUAUAUAGUUUGUAGGCCUGUUAAGAGUUUAGUACGCGUAAAUCCCGCGUCUCGCUCGAAGUUUCUGUCAGAAUUACAGUGAUGGAGUUACUCUGUCAUGAACAUGUCGAACUGGACUCGAGCUCUCAGGUAAAGUCCAGACCGCUUCGGGCGUUCAGAGACGCGGUUCUGACACAAGACUCGCGGGUCCAGCAGAACCUGCUGAGCUCGGAGAGACCGAACAUAAUCAAACCCGGUACCGAACAGACCGACGUCCAGCCGUACAUGCGGCGAAUGUUAACAGGGUGGAUGCUGCAGGUGUGUGAGGAUCAGAAGUGCGAGGAGGAGGUGUUUCCUCUGGCCGUUCACUACCUGGACAGGUACAUGUCCCAGAAUCCCGUGCGCAAAUGCCAUCUGCAGCUGCUGGGAACCGUCUGCAUGUUCCUGGCCUCCAAACUCAGGGAAUCGUUUCCUCUGAGCGCCGCCAAGCUGUGCGUCUACACAGACCACGCCGUGACCGUCCCAGAAAUCCUGGAUUGGGAGGUGCUGGUGGUGUCGCGGCUCAACUGGGAUCUGGCCUCAGUGCUGCCCUCUGACUUCCUGGAGCUGCUACUGCAGGCGCUGCCGCUCAAAGCGCAGAACCACGCGGCCGUACGGAGACACGCCCACUCCUACAUCGCCCUGAGCGCCACAGAGCUGAAGUUCUCCCUCUUCACUCCGUCAGCGGUGGCCUGCUCAUGUGUGACGGCGGCUGUUGUCAGACUGAACAUCCAGAAAAACACUUUCACCGCUGACGGCCUCCUGCAGCUCCUGAGGAACAUCCUGGACGUGGACAUGGCGUCUCUGCGCGAGUGUUUCUCGGCUCUGGACGAGACCAUCGACCUGACGCUGCCGUCUCCACCUGAGCUCCAGGGUCAGGACGUCCCGCUCUGACAGGUGGACGCAUCAGAACCACUCAAGUUUGAAUGAACUCUAGCCUUCUCUUUCUGACGGUUGCCGGUUCUGGUGCACUUGUUGACGAUGUUCGCGUUAGUUUUUAAUGUAGCAGAUGUUCUGCACUCGAGCACAUACAGCAUUGCCCUGUCAGACACACACACUGCUGAUUUCAGACACAUCUACUGCUUCUGUCAUUAAUUUAACGCACUCUUCUUUGACAUGUAAUUGAUCAACUUUUUCUCAGUUGUAAACUUGAAAUAUGUGAAAAUAAAAAGCAUAGAUUAGGAUGGUGAAUGCUGGUUUACUCAACACUAACCAGGUCAAUCUCACACACAAAUUCACAUUUCACCCUAAUGCAAAAAAAAAAAAAAAAAUUUGAUUUUAAGAAAA